AUGGAUGUGAUUACAAUCAUUAUCGCGUACUGUAACCUCAGCUUCCCCGUCUUGGAAGCGCAUUUGGCAGCUUUGGCCACCGACCCAGAUCCAAUGCAAGAAAACUCGUGCCUUCAAGAUGAACAGUCAAAUGCUUCGUGUCUUUUCGCUUUACUCGAAGGUAUAUUGGGGCAGGGAAAGGGGAGCGGAGGCAGACCUGACCCACCUCAUCUCUGUUUAAUAACCGCCGCCCUGUGUGCACUGCCACAUUUCGUGGGCAGCACAACGGCGCAAUUUUUCAACUUGGCUGCAAUUUGUUCUGCCGCGACGCUGUUCCAUUGGUUCACGGGAUCUGAGUGGUCAGUCAGUGUACUUUGUGAUGAGUCCUGUGAUAAAUCCCAGCCUUCAUCUCAGAUUAUUCAAUCUCCAAUUGAAGUGGCCCAGAGAAAUAGCGCCGCCCUCCGGAGCCUUGUUCGUUCGUCUGGCGGUUUCGCAAAGAAGGCGCGGCCGGCAAACCCAGAUAGUAUCCCUGCCGCACUAAUCGAUAUCAGCACAGUUGAACAGUUGGUUAGCAGCACGACGUCUGACCCAGCUGAUCCUCAUACAUCUGCCGAUCAACAUCAGGACGAGAGACUUCUAGAUGAAUUGGCUUGUAGUGCAGCUUUGGCCAUAGUUGAUUCGAAUGGGGGCAAUGUCAGCAGCGGUGUUCAAACAAUACACGUUUUUCCCAAGCUUCCUUAUACUUCUCCUUCACAAGAACCCGAUGCAGGAAGUCUAAGCAUGAAUUCUUUUUUCCUGAACAAGAAUGCUGAAAUCAGCAGUGGCUCCAAUUUCCACCGAAACCCAGUCUACGCAACAUUUAAAAUGCCUUCGCCAAGCAAGGAACCGACUCAAUCUUCGAUUCCUCGUAUCGAAAGUUCCUCGUGUAUUAAUCCAAGUAAUGCAGAUAAAUCUGCGCCAGCAUCCCCAGCGCAGGACGUUGUCUCCACCACCCAGUCCCACACACCUCAGUACAACCAACUGACAUCAACUCAGGUCAGUACACCGACCUCUCGAUCGUCAUGGCAACGCAACGCCGGAAGGGGUAAAACAAAGUAA